AAAAUUCCUUGGAUAUAUAAACCAUAAAAAAGUCCAGGCCACUAAUAGAAACUGUGAAGUGACUGCUGAUGUGAGACAUGAUGGGUCUGAACCACUUGUAGAUGUUAUGUUUGCUGAUGGAGAGCGAUUGAUAAUGAAGGGAGCCAACUUGACCACAAUGGAAAUGUUAACAGCAUUGGGGUCCAGAUGUAAUGCAAAAGAUCUUAAGGAAGAACAGAAAAGCAAGAAGGUGUACACACACGCCUUGCAGUUUAAGAACUGCUGGCUUACUGCCCACCUCGCCAGCAACAUGUGCGACCAGUUUCCCAGGAUGCCAGACCCAGCUACUCCACUGAGUGUUUUGGAGUUACCUUCAGGCUGA